UCCGCUUUCUUAUCAGCCGUCACACACACCAAUGAUAUUGAUUAUUUAAUAAUAUUUAAGACUUUUACAAAACAAAUACAUCACUUCAAGUGAACCAUUCUGACAAAAAACAUGAAUCAAAUUUUUAAAGGAAAACGAAUACUAGUCACUGGCGGGUGUAGAGGUAUCGGCUAUGGCAUCGCAGUAGAACUAUGGAGACAAGGAGCUUCAGUCGUGGCGCUUUCCAGUAUAAAGGAAAACCUGCUAAAACUGAAGAGCCAAUACCCGACAAUAGAGGUUGUUUGUGUGGACUUACUGGACUGGGAUAGGACCAGGGAGGCGGUGGAAUCCUUGGGAGUGUUCGAUGGACUAGUAAAUAAUGCUGGCGUCGCGUUGAACCAACCAUUCCUGGAAUGCACUAAAGAAUAUUUUGAUGAGACAAUUGCCGUCAAUGUAAGAGCAGUUGUAAAUGUGAGCCAAAUAGUUGCCAAGAAAAUGAUUCAAAAUGGAAUAAAAGGUUCGAUAGUGAACAUAUCGUCGCAAGCAUCAAAGGCAGCACUUAAAGACCACGUAUCCUACUGUGGAUCCAAGGCGGCCGUAGAUGGUAUAACCCGUGUGAUGGCAUUGGAGUUGGGACCCUAUGGAAUACGAUCAAACACUGUUAACCCUACAGUCAUCAUGACUGAAAUGGGACGUAAAGUAUGGUCAGAGCCCUCGAAGUCACAUGGCAUGCUCUCCAAAAUACCCUUGGGAAGGUUUGGCGAAGUGCAUGAAGUAGUGAAUGCAGUUUUAUUUCUCUUGAGCGAUCAAGCAAGCAUGAUUUCUGGAGUCCACUUGCCUAUUGACGGAGGUUUUUUGGCAUUAUAAUUUUAUGAGAUAAUAAAGCAAAUACCGAUUAUGUUUUACUCAA